AUGCCGCUAUGUCACAGAAUUAAAGUUCGAGCAUUGUGGACACUACCUGUUCUCCAAGACCACUUCGCAUAUGGUGCGUGCAAGGACUUCCUUGAGUACUUGCACACGACGUGGUUUGAUGGACCGUUCAAAGACAUCCGGCUCAACGUCACGUGCGGAAACGAUCUUUCGGUCAUGAGAACGCUGAUAGAGGAGAACAUCGAGGCCACCAUGAAAGGGUGA